UGGCGGGGAGCGGGCGGCGCGCCGGAAGUGCGUGCACGGCGGCAAACGGGAACGGAGCGGGCUGGAGCCUGGGGCCGCGGGAUGAGCAAAGCGCGCGAGGCCGCGGCGGGCGGAGGCGCCACCGCCGUCCUGCUGCGGUACCUGCAGGAGCAGAACCGCCCGUACAGCGCCCAGGAUGCGUUCGGGAACCUGCAGCGGGAUCACGGGCUGGGCAAGGCGGCCGUGGUGAAGGCGCUGGAGCAGCUGGCGCAGCAGGGCCGCGUACGCGAGAAGGCCUACGGGAAGCAGAAGAUCUACUUCGCUGACCAGGAGCAGCUCCCGGCCGCCAGCGAUGCGGAGCUGCGCGGGCUGGACGGGGAAAUCGCGGCGCGCUCCGCCCAGCUGCAGGCGCUGCAGCAGAGCUGCCGGCAGAUGGAGGCGGAGCUGAAGGACUUGAGCAGCUCCAUGACAACCCCUGAGAUCACCAAGGAGAUCGAGGCACUGAGGAAGGACUGUGCCAGUUGCACGGAGAAACUGGAGAGGAUUAAGUCUGCUACCAACCACGUGACUCCAGAGGAAAAGGAGAAGGUGUGCCGGGAGCAGCAGCUGUACCGCCGGGAGUGGCGCCGGAGGAAGCGCAUGGCCACCGAGCUGCUGGAUGCCAUCCUGGAGGGCUAUCCCAAGAGCAAGAAGCAAUUCUUUGAGGAGGUUGGGAUAGAGACAGAUGAGGACCACGGUGUCGUGCUGCCAGCGACCAUGUGAGGUGCUGGGAGAGCCUUUGUUCUGGGGAGAAGCUGCUGUGGAGCUGCCUCUGAAACUCGGCUGUUGGUGGAACGUUGUUUUUUCCUGCCCCCAGUGCACGGAGCUGCCUGGCUGCGGUCUGAUGUGGCUGAGGGUGCAGUGGUGCUGUGUGCCUGGUGUUCUGGUAAGGAAAGGGAGCAAAGGACUGUCUGGGCUGCAGAGCUCUGUAUGUGUUCUAGCUGCUUCGGUCACAUGAGAAUAUGAUCCAUUAAACGCCAGGAUUUUGGUUCAGCUUCA